AUGGAGGGUUCCCAAUCGCCAGCCGCGGGCCUGCUGGCAAUUUGCCCUUCAGAGCGCCGGCUGAGCCGACAGCUCAGCUACCAACUGGAUCGCCAGACCAGCCACCUGGAGCGCAGGCUCAGCCAGGAGCUGGAGAAUCCGCGCGAAAAGGUCCAGUUGCCAGAGGAGGAUUGGCCCGAGGCCGAAGCCCCAGACGCCAAUGAGCUACCAAGCAUGAACAUGCCUUCAGAGCGGGUUUUCGCACCCUACGCAGUCUGGGCGAGAAAGAAGGAGAAGGAAAAGAAUUCGAAGUCUCGGGCAGUGGCCACCGUGACCUCGGUGAGCCUGAGGAAGCCAGAGGCCUGCAGUCUCAGUCCAUCGGGCCACUUCCGGAACUUCUGGGACUGCUUUGGCAUCAUCCUCUUGCUCCUUGACACCGUCAUACUUCCCUUGCAAAUCGUGAAUGAGGGGGGGACUUUGGUGCAAGAUAGGCGGCGCAUAGCUUGCCACUACUUGAGAACUUGGUUUGUCCCCGAUCUUGUGGUCACCACGAUCGAUCUGAUUUUGGAGUUCUCGGUUGCAGUGGGCGAUGCGGACCGUGCCACCACCAAGGCUUUGCGCCUUUUGCGCCUUUGCCGGGUUGUCCGGCUGGGAAAGCUGACGCACAUUGCUGCAUUCUUGCGAGACAAGUUUGAAUCACAGGUGGCUUCUAUCCAGUUUAGCCUGGUCCUUGUGAUGAUGGGCAUGGUGCUGACGGAGCAUGUCAUUGCCUGCGGGUGGUUUGGCAUUGCCAUCUUCAACUCAGGGGCAGGAACAUGGCUCAACCACACCAGCGUCAAGGAUGCUUCCUUUGCCAAGCAAUACACCACAAGCCUGCGGUGGGCUUUCAGUCAACUUGGCAUUGGGGGCACAAACAUCGAGGCAACAAAUGAAACUGAGGGUAUGUACUCCAUCGUGGUUGGAUUGAUCUCCCUAGUGACCUUCUCAACAGUCGUAAGCUCAAUGACUUCAAUGGUGACUGCUUUGCACAGUGGCAGGAUGGAAGAGAUCCAGCAGUUCGGACUUCUCAGACGGUUUCUGCGCGUGAACAAGAUCCCCGCUUCCUUAGGCCAGCGCAUCACCCGGUUUCUCCAGCACACGUAUCACCAGAGAGAGUCAGAUUCCCGUGAUCCUUUCAUUUUGGCGCUCUUGUCAGGAUCGCUUCAGGCUGAGUUGCAGUUUGCACGGUACAGCCUUUGCUUUUCAAAGCUACCGUUUCUAGAGGAUUUGCUGAGCAGUAGUCUGAACGUGCAGGAGGAGAAUGUGAUGCGAUCGCUGGCAAGCAAGGCAGUUGAAAUCAUUGACUCUGGUGAGAAUGAAGUGAUCUUCUGUUGUAACACCAGGGCAGAAGCAACAUACUUCGCCCUGCACGCAUCACUGCGCUACAACCAUGCAGAGCACCAGCGGACUGUGAACUAUGGCUUUUGGGCUGCUGAGAUGUGCUUGUGGACCGAGUGGUGGCACGUUGGUGAUUUGAUCUCCGCUGACUUUGCCAGGAUCGCCAUCAUCCGCCUGCAGGAGUUUUGCAAGCUCAUCAGUGACACCCAAAGCAUUCAGCAUCAGGCCCACAACUACGCGCUAGACUUCGUGCACGCUCUGAAUCAGGAGUUCAACGUGUGCGACCUCUGGCAGCUGCCGAAAGAACUCAGAAAAGUCCACGACAUCGACAUUACAUCGCAGCCUCUCGGCAUUUGGCACCGGAAGGUGCUACCGAUUUGUAAGCUCCAGCUCAAACAGGCAAACUUGCCGGAGGUUGGCUCAAGGGAGAAUGUGCCCUGGGAGAAGGAGUUGUGGGAGCGGAAGGUGUCUAAGGAGACCUUUUGGGACCUUCUUCGGCGCUUGGGCGACUGCUACGAGGCAGACAUGCAGCUGCCGAGGAGCUCCUCUGACCGCGCCCGGGAUGGCGCGAGAUGCCCAAGCCCCAAGGUAGCUCCAGCGCCCAAGGUGCCAGCGCCGGCGCGGGAAAACGUCCGCGUCCCAAGCAGCAAAAAGCUCACCAGCCUGUCGAUGCAAAGUGCCGCCUCGCAGGUGACCAUGUUUGAAGCCCAUAGCUGCUGGAGGACACAGUCCAAAGCCAGGGCCAAGGGCAACCCAACGCGCGCAGCACUCAAGACGACAGAGUCCUAUACGUUAAAAUUGCCUUCGUUCUGCACUUUGAGCCCUACUGGACACUUCCGGAAUUUUUGGGACUUCUUGGGCAUUGUCCUCUUGCUCCUUGACACCAUCUUACUCCCACUGCAGAUUGUGAAGGAGGACCUCGAAGCUUUACUGCCCUGGUUGUCCUUCAGCUCGAGGAUGGCUCUCUUCUAUUGGGGUUCUGACAUCAUACUCUCUUUCUUCACGGGCUUCCCCGAGGGAGGGACCUUGGUGCAAGAUAGCCGCCGGAUCGCCUGCCACUACUUGAAGACUUGGUUUGUCCCUGACUUCGCAGUCACCAUGAUUGACGUGGUCCUGGAGUUCUCCGUUGCGGGGAGCAAAGCAGACCGUGCCACAACCAAGGCGUUGCGCCUUUUACGCCUUUUCCGGGUUGUUCGGCUGGGGAAGCUGACGCGGUUUGCUGCAUUCUUGCGGGAUCAGUUCGAAUCACAGGUGGCUUCAAUUCAGUUUAGCCUUUUUCUUGUGAUGAUGGGCAUGGUGCUGACGGAGCAUGUCAUUGCCUGCGGCUGGGUUGGCAUUGCCAUCUUUAACUCAGGGGCAACAUGGCUGGACCAGUCAGACGUCAAGGAUGCUUCUUUUGUCGAGCAAUACACUACAAGCUUGCGUUGGUCUUUCAGUUCACUCGGCAUCGGGGGCACCAACGUUGAGGCGACAAAUGAAACUGAGGGUGUCUACUCUGUUGUGGUGGGGUUAAUCUCCUUGGUGACCUUCUCAACAAUCGUGAGCUCUAUGACUUCCCUGGUGAGCACAUUGCACAGUGGCAGGAUGGAAGAGAUCCAGCAGUUCGGACUUCUCAGGCGGUAUUUGCGGAUGAACAAGAUCCCGGCACCCUUAGGCCAGCGCAUCACCCGGUUUCUGCAAUACACGUAUCACCACAGAGAGUCAAACUGCCGUGAUCCAUCUAUUUUGGGAUACCUAUCGACAUCGCUGCAGUCGGAGUUGCUGUUUGCAAAAUAUAGCCCUUACCUCGCCAAGCUGCCGUUCCUUGGAGGUGUGCUGCCCAAUUUCCUGAGCGCGAGGGAGGAGCAGGUCAUGCAAACACUGGCCAGGACAGGCGUUUCGAUAGUAGCCGCGGCGGAGAAUGAUGCCAUCUUCUGUUCCGGUGCGAAGGCAGACACCGCAUACUUUGCCAUGCAAGGGUCGCUUGUCUACAUGUGCGAGAAUUCUCCGGAGGCUGUGAAUCAUGAAAGAUGGGUGUCUGAGAUGUGCUUGUGGACUGACUGGUGGCACGUCGGUGAUUUGCUCUCCGCCGGCAUCGGCAAGAUCGCCAUGAUCCAUGCCACGGAGUUUUGCCAUAUUCUUAGCAAUAUGGACAACUUGCAGAGGCAAGCGCGCUGCUAUGCAACGGACUACGUGCAGGCGCUGAACCAGACGGUCGACGCCACUGACCUCUGGCAGAUGCCAGAAGAGGAAGGAACAGAUGCCGAGCAACCUGAGUCAGUCUGGUCACGCGCAUUCGGCGGGGUACAUGUUGUGCCAGCUUAACUUUUGCGGUUGGCAAUGCCAUGCAACGCCAUUUUUUCCUGCAAAGCAAUUGAUGGCAGUUGCUUUUCCAGCUGAGCCGCCUGGGUAAAAGUCAGGCAUGGGCUUGGUGCUUUUUAAUGUGCAAGGCAGGCAGAGAGCAUCUUUUCGCACUAUCGUUCAGCUGCUCUGCCUCAUUCAUAGGAGAGGGGUUCGAUGAUUUAUCAUUUUUUGCAGCCCUCACCUCGGUGGUCCAAACACGUCGUAUGGCCACUAUGUUUUAGGCUGUGUCACAUCUGAAACGCAUCUGCAAUCGGAAAGGC